AUCAGAAGAUUUAUGUUUUAAUAACAGCCCUUUGGCUUCUUGGUUCCUUCGGGGGCCUCUUCGGGUUUAUUUAUUAGGGUUUUCUGUCGCGCUCCACAAACCGUUUCUGUCCCUUUAAACCUGAGCGGUUUUCCACAGAAAUGGAAACGUGCAGGGAUUACACGAGGAAGACUUGUUGGAAAGUACACGUUUGGGUGUUGGGGUUUAAUAAAAGCCCCGUUCUUUCUCCACCCCUCCUGUCGGGGGAGUAAUGGUACGCUCCCUCCUUGUGAUGUAGUGCUCCCUCCUGCUGCUGGGCGGUCAGAAAGCUGGAAGUGCACUUGGUAGAGAGAGACAGCGAGAGAUACGUUGCACCUCUGUCUGGGAGAAAAGUGGCUUUGUCUGGAAACCCGCUGCCAGAGUGACGUAUUAGGACCGUCUUUCUUUCUGCGUUUGACUUCAUUUCUCCCGCUUCCCCAGAGCCUGAAGGAUCGUCGCGCAGCUUUAAAGACGGAGAGAGAAAAAAAGCAGAUGUUUGUGAAAACUGUCGAGAAGGUGCGCAGAAGUUUCUUGAAAGUGUAGCCUCUUCUAAUACAGAAGUUUUUGUAACACCCCCCCUCUUCCACGCGGCCGGUUACAUGGAGGUGCUACAGGAAGCCGUUUUUAAUCGGAUUAAGGAGAAAAACUCUGAUGAAAAACUUUGUUCCAGACGGAGUGACGAAGCGGUGGCUUGUUGAAAAGCAGUCUUUUUUCCCUCCCUGAUUUGUGCGCCUCCCAAAAAUGCGCCCGGGGAGACCUUACAAAUCCGGUAUGACGCGCCUGCUGCUCCUCCUCGCGCUCGCCUUGUCCUGCCGCUGUUGUCCGGACAAAUGCCUGUGCACUUCAGAAACUGUGAAAUGCCAAAACCAGGGCUUGGUCAAGAUUCCACCUUCCUUACCGGCCAAGACCAAAUUCCUGUUCGUCACUGGAAACAGAAUCGCUCAAAUAAAGGAUUCCUCUUUCCCAACCCGUCUGGAAAACCUGGCAGAAAUGUAUCUGAGUGGCAAUGAGAUGGAAGGUGUGCUUGCAGGGGCAUUCAAAAACUUGCCAAACCUUGUACGGCUGGACUUGAGUAACAACACAAUCCAGAAUUUCAGCGAGAGCGCUUUCCCUGAUGAUAAUAAACUGCAGUUCCUCAACCUCUGCAGGUCGCUUAACAAUUACACCACCCUUGAUUUCUUUGUCCAUGCAAACCUUCCCAACCUAACCUCCCUGGACCUGUCCAACAAUGACCUGCUCUUUCUGCCGGAUGGCAUGUUCAAGGGCCUCCCCAGCCUGGCCACCCUGAACCUCCGCAACAGCUCCCUCAUCAUGUUCCAGAACGUGGACGAGAACGAGACUCUGCUGGCGCUGCGUCACCUCGACCUGAGGGACAACCACCUGAAGGAUCUGCCCGCCGCCACGAUGACGGACUUUGGCCUCCGCCUCGACCUUCGCGUCCAGCUGGCAGGGAACCCCUGGCGGUGCAACUGCUUCAUCAGCGACCUGCUGGCGUGGCUGAAGAACUCCACCCAGGUGGUGGACGCAGGCGAGCUGACCUGCGCCGAUCCUGAGGCUGUGAGGCACCAGCCCCUUCUGCAGGUGCAGCAGUCCCAGCUGAAGUGCUCGAGCGACAUGGAGGGGGUCCUGGAGACGUCGUACGUCUUCCUGGGCCUGGUGCUGGCCCUCAUCGGGGUCAUAUUCCUGCUGGUGCUCUACUUGAACAGAAAGGGCAUCAAGCGAUGGAUGUACAACAUCCGGGACGCCUGCAGGGACCACAUGGAGGGUUACCACUACCGGUAUGAGAUCAACUCUGACCCACGCUUGGCCAACCUGAGCAUCAACUCGGACGUGUGAGGGUGGGCAAAAUAGUGGGAGGGGAUAAGUUGGGGGGGCACUGUCAUGGACUCGGCACUCGGCAAUUAAAUGACUCAAUGCUGUUCAACUUUUGCAUGAAAGUCUUCCUUUCUUCUUUUGACCCCCCCCCCACAAACACAGCACAACAACGCCAUUCAGAUGCUGCAUCCGUCAACGCUUUUGAUCGACCUCUGCCGCAUGUUCACCCCAAAUGUUUGGCGGCCGUCAUGCCAACUGCGUUUUUUUUUCCUGUGUUGCGUUGCAUGGACAAUGAAUCAAGGCAAUUUUUUUUCUUUUAGGAAACCUCCUGCAAUUGUCUUUUUACUUGCCUACAAGGACAACUGAAUGGAGUGCUGCAACUUUUAAGUGAAACACCACCUGUCAAUUGCGUCCUUGACGAUGAGACUCUUGCGGCAGAGAGAUGUUAUACUGCUUGAGUUUGUCCUUUUUUGGGAUGUAAAGAUGUCAUAUGCAGUGCAGACUAUGCCUUUUUCUGGACUGAUUAUAAUACACAUAGCAUAGUAUAUGGAUUUUGUAGAUUUAUGUGAUUGCUUUGUUUUCUUUUUUCCUGUAAGGAUAUUUAGCUAAAUUAAAAAAACAAAAAGUAUUUGGAUUGCUGGUUCAUGUGUGAAGUGAAGGCCCUUAAAAAGAAUGUGAGGCUUUGAAGGAGGAUUUCCGUUGGUGGUGGGGCAAAGAUGGAGGUGGGGCGGAGGGGUGGGUGCAGUUCAUUCCUGAGGGACGAAUCACAUGCCAAGUGCCAAAUCUCUGCACCCCCUUUCACCAAACUGUCAACAAGUUCAACGAUGGGUGAAAAAUGUGCGACACUCUCAUCUCCACGGUAACAGUUUUAGGUGUGAUCUUCAUUAACGAGCAAGUUGAAGCUCCUCCAGUGCGUUAACAGACCGAACAGAGGAUCCGCUCUCCUCUGGAGGAAUGUAAAUGAGCUGCUACCUGGAUGUGCAGAGGUGACGAGAGUAGCCAGCUGUUAUCUCCUGUUCAAUUUGCUCCCUGCUGGGAGAAUCUAAUAAAAAAGAAAGAAAAAAGUCAUCGCUAUCCCUUCAGGAUAAUGUUUAUAACAACCAAGCUGCUGCAAAAUUGCACGUUCCACAGAUAACCUGAUUUUAGUCAUUGAAUGCCAGCGUGUAAUUUCAAAGUGCUCGGUUACAGAGAAAGGUGGGAGGGGCGGGUGAGGAAAGUGUGUGGUGUUCUGUGGGUCAUGCAAAUUAAGGCAAAACCCAAGUCGAGGUUCUCCAGGGGGCCCACACUGUGGUUGUAAUAAAAUGAGCUCAAGCCGCUUGGCUUUUUCAUGUCGCUCUGUUUUAUGGGGAAGAGUGGAGGGGGGGAAAAAAGUCUCCUAUUAGUGCUUCCAACCAACUGUCAGAGGCUGUUCUUUUCAUGCUGUCCAGUGUAGUGGGGAUUAAUAAUUAAUGCGUGGUAUUCCUUUGAAGGCCGGACCAUGCGUGCUGCUGUCUAAGGAGUCCAAAUUAAUGAUGUUUGUUGUAUAUCUGCGCGGGAAGAAUUGUGAACUUUUCUCUGCCUUUUCCGGUGAGGGCACGGAAAAUAAUAAUUGCCGUCCUUUCCCUUCUCCCGUUUUCUCUCCUGUCACAAACCCACAGCGUCCCUUACGACUGCGGCCACACAGCGCCCGCAGCGGCGCGGGAUGGGCCAGAUCUCCCUAGUCUGUUGGCAACAUCUGUGUGCCGCCAACACAGUCUGACGUCGUUUGCACGUCCGUGUGCUCUCGCUGGGAUGUAGUGUAAGCUUUUUUUUUUUUUCCAUACCCAAUUUCUUCAAUGGGUACGGACAGAGGCGGCCAAAGAUUAUUUGAGGCCCCAAGGGAUGGUUUGAUUUGAGGGUCCCAUUACUAGGUAAGCCUACCAUCCUCUAUAAUGCUGAAACCUUCCAGACUUGAUUGUUUGCACAUUUUAUUAUAGCAAUUUAUCUUAUGACAUGGUUCACUUCUUCUUAAUAGCAAAAAAAUAGCUGUGGAUUGUAAUUUUCAUUUAAGUUAAACAAUUUCAUGACUUGAGGUGAUGAAUAGUCUUAAAUGUAACAGGUCACUUAAUAUAAUUAAAUUGUACAUUAUCUGA